AUGGAUUCGUCACGCCUGCAAAAAUCCGUCCAAAUUACGGAAACUGAUUUGGUGUCAAAUAUAGGGCAAGAAAAUUAUUACAGGUGCAGUUUCUGCAAGAGAGGAUUCUCCAACGCACAAGCAUUAGGAGGGCACAUGAACAUCCACCGGAGAGACAGAGCUAAACUCCGAUCACAGUUAAUUUCCGACGACGAUCAAAACUUGCUUUCUUUGAAUAUUACAAACGACAAAAUGGAUUCCAGGGCUAAUAAUUCUUCUGCUGCAUAUACCAAAGAAAAGUUGACCAGUUUGACAAGUCAUGAGACGACGAGAAGCCUGCUGUACGAGAGUAAUAUUUCGAUACACCGCCGUUUGCCCGCAGAGGUGCCGCCACCGGAGAGUGGCCGUGAUCAUGAAGAAGCGGCAGCUGGCAGAAGUCUUAUUGACAAGCAUGUAAUAAUAGACCUUGAACUUCGAUUAGGACAACAAAAUCCACAAGAUGGCUAG